AUGAAAAAUUCCAGAAUUUUUGAUGAUAUUCUGGAAGUUCGAAGUCAAAACGGUCUCUUCUUUCCAUUAUGUUCAAAAUCAUUUCAUCAAAAAUACGGAGAACAAGUAUGCUCUCUGAUAUCAAGUACAUUUUCAUCUCAUUCAAUCGUUCCACUUCAACAAUAUACUUAUUCAAUUGGAUGUACUUCAUCCGUAUGUUUCACUUUCUUAUCUGCAUUCUGUAAGACUGGAAUCAAAGUUUUUUGUUCGUCAAGUUUAUGUUCUUCGGGAACUCUUCAACUCGGCAAUAAAUGUAUCUCAAUUUCAACUGUUCCAGUUCAAGGAUAUUCUGAAGCAAAUGAUUACUGUAGUCCAUUCUCUUUAAUUUCUUCGUUAAAACCAUCAGAAAUCGAGUCGAUUCGAGAUACUAUUCUGCCAUUCUCGUUAACAGAUUCACGAUUGUUUUUCACUUCCGGUCUCAGGCAAGGAUCCACGUGGAAAUGGGCAAAUGGGGAUACUGUAGAACAGGAAAUAUCUGGAAACGGAAGGUGUCUAUCGUAUCAAUCGGGUAGUCUCGUUGCAUCUGACUGUGAUUCAGAAGGUUAUGUUUUCUGUGAAUCUGGAAGAGAAUGUAUCGGAAAAAACAGAGAUUAUUCUGGAGCUUCUAACAAGACUUCGAACGGAAUCAGCUGUCUCAUGUGGAAUGAUCCAUCUGUUUUAUUUCAACGAGACGCCGAACUUGAAAUUCUGAAUCAUAAUUUCUGUAGGUUCAUAGAACAAGAUGGAAAAAAAUCUGCAACUCCAGUCUGUUAUACAAAACCAAAUCAGCUAUCUGAAUGUAAUAUUCCAAAUUGUCCGGAAAGUCUGAACGAUGCGAUUCAAUUGGAGUCUGGAGAUUCUUGUACAAUCGGAUCAUUUUCAUGUGAUAACGGAUCGAAAUGCAUUUCUGAGAAAUUUCAAUGUGACUAUGAAGUGGAUUGUAUCGAUGGGACAGAUGAACAGAACUGUGAGGACUAUCUACAGUAUUAUGAAUUGAUUGGAGCGUAUCGAUUAAUUGAGAAUAUUAUUGAAGUUUGGACGUUUAUUCCUCAUGUUCAAGGGUGUGCCAGAAAGUGUCGGGAAAGUCUUCUGAUGUGUGAAGCAUUCUCUUAUGAACCGAAAACUCAAACAUGUCUUCUAACUGAUACUUCUCAAACAUAUUCAAGUCUUGCAAGAAAGAUAACUUCCCUUUAUUAUCGUCGUCGAUUUUCUUCAAAAGACGUUCUGUUUGAAGUUGACAACAAGACACUCUACGCAACAAAACUUUCUAAAAAAGGCCGAGUGUGUAAUGAGAAUUUCAGUCGAGAGAAGCUAUCUUCCAUCUGUCGAAUUCUGGGAUUCGGAUGUUCGCAGUGUCAAGAAGCUGCUUGUUCAGAUGGUUCUUGUAUCAGAUUCAGACAACUUUGUGAUGGAAAUGUUGAUUGUGAAUCAGGUGAUGAUGAGGGAGACUGUACUGCAAAGUCAUUCCGAUUGACAAAUGGAACCGAUACACGUGGAUAUUUGGAAGUUUUAUUUAGAGCAAAAUGGGAACCACUUUGUGCAGAUCAUAUUGAUGAGAAGAGGGCAAAUUCAGUUUGUUACAGCAUGAGAUUAGGAGAACGCGGCUCCCUACUCUCCACGAAUUCGUCGCUUUCAUCUGGAUUUGACGUCAUCUGCGAUCCAGACUGUAUUCUCCGUCGAUCCACUUAUUGCACUCGACAUGCUAGAAUCUCAUGUAUCUCUGAAAACGGAGUGUCUUCUAUAUCUCAAUGUGGUCUCCGAUACGUUGAAGUGAAUGCUCGAGAUGCUUCGAGAUCCAGGAUUGCAAGAGUUGUCGGGGGAUUCGAGACUAUUCCUGGAGCAUUUCCAUGGACGGCUGCGUUGAGAAAUAAGGCGACAAAAGCACAUCAUUGCGGAGCUUCGGUUCUCGACAAAACCCAUUUGAUUACUGCUGCUCAUUGUUUUGAAGAAGACGAAAGAGUGUCGUCAUACGAAAUAGUGGUUGGAGAGUGGGAUAACAAUAGAACUGAUGGACGUGAACAGGUGUUUGGCCUACAGAGAAUCCACUAUUAUCCGCUCUACAAAGACAUAUUCUCUCAUGAUAUUGCUAUUCUUGAGAUUCCCUAUCCAGGAAUUGAAUUCAAUGAAUACGUUCAACCAAUCUGUCUUCCAUCCAAAGAUUUCGUGUACACUCCGGGAAGACAAUGUGUUGUUUCAGGAUGGGGAAGUAUGGGACUUCAUUACGCCCAACGUCUCCAGGCAGCUCUGAUUCCAAUAAUCGAUCGAUUCGAUUGUGUAAACUCCUCUCAAAUCUACACUUCAAUGUCAAGAUCUGCAUUUUGUGCUGGAUAUCUCGAGGGUGGAAUUGAUUCAUGUCAAGGUGAUUCUGGAGGUCCAUUCGCUUGUCGUCGAGAGGACGGAGCGUUCGUUCUAGCAGGAGUGAUUAGUUGGGGUGAUGGAUGUGCACAGAAGAAACAACCGGGUAUUUAUACAAUGGUGGCUCCGUAUCUUUCAUGGAUUAAUGCUAUUGUUAACGGAGAAAAUGUUUGA